ACCACUGAGCUAUACCCCCACGUUUGCGUCACCUGCCGAAGUAUCCAGAAUACUAUUACAAACGUCAUUUGCUUGACAGGCAACUGUCACGUAACAAGCUUUGUCAUUCCCUCACUCCGUGCUAGAACCUGGCUAGAACCAAAAACUGCCAACCAAUACCCCAUUGUUAUGUACAAUUUGGACAUUGUUGCCGUGGGCAUGCUUAAGACGGGCAACUCCGGCAACUCUUCUUGUUAAAAUUCAGGCAACUAGUAAAUACAGACAAGGAAAGUGAUGGCAAGUUCAAUGUCAUCAGAUCUCUUACUGCCAGGAGGUUGUCAUGCUAAAAAAGAUACACUUUACGUUCAAAAGCCAUGGACCCCUGUUCGAAAACGAAUGCCAAUUGUAGCAGAAUAUUCAACACCUGGACCUGAUUCUAUGCCAAUGUGUUUCUUCAUAGGGAGACAAGUAAUGAAUUCUUCAAUAAUUCAUCAGCCAGCAUGGAGUUUACAUCCAAGGAUUGAACAAAAAAUCAACCACUAUCAAGCAAGUCCCAAUUCAUAUUGUAUACGGAACCUUACAGCCAGAGGUGGUAAGUUACAGGGAAGAGGAAGAAGACAAACAGAUGUUAUGACCCAACUGAAUGUAAUUUAUGUAUCAGGCAAGACAUCAACUCCACAAUACACGAUGGGAAUCAAGCCAAAAAAUCGGCCAAUCCAAGACCUUCCUGGGCCAGCAUCUUACAAGACUAAGAGCAAAUUGGUGUUGAAAAGUGCACCUUGUUUCACAUUUCGCACAAAACCAGAGAUUGCAGCAACAUUCAAAACACCAGCACCAAAUGAAUAUACUCUCCCUACUAUUCAUCAUCACACCCCUCCUGCACAUCACAUGGCACACAGAUUGAGUGUCAAGGUCCCAGUGGAGACUCCUGGUCCAGGUGCCUAUUCUCUCUCCAACAAAACACUACCCCAUGCUCCUCAAUAUACCAUUCGAGAAAGACUUUUUGGAUACAUGGGGGAUGAAUUGCCCGGGCCUGGAUCCUACUGUCCAGAGAGAGUCAUAGUAAACCUUCCUGUGGCACCAAGGCAAACAAUGGGAAUAAAACAUAGCCCUUAUGCUGGAAUAUGGCACCCAAGAAUAGUUGGACCACGCCACUGCUAAGAAGAAAUUUUGGUGAGGAGACAAGUAAAAUAAC